GAUUGUACAAAGAAAAUGUACAAAGAAAAUGGUAGUUGUACAGGAGGUGGAAUCUCGCGCUGUGCCCCGUAAUAAGAGACCGGGGAAGUGGGGCAGACGGUUUUGACGGAUAAUGAAUUCGUAGCGUUGACGCUUUCUUACUCACCUAUUCCCCUCUCCGCACUGUUCGAAUUUGCGGUUGAUUUUGAGGUGGCUAUGAGAUCGUCCGACUGACCAAUAGGCUGAAUUUCAGGAGUCGUCCACGAUCCCUACACACCCCUACACCUUCGGUGCUAUUCGACCAAGGUCAUUACUCUUCUCUCUGGGAGUUUCCAUCCAAAGAGAGAAUUUGCUAUCCUAGGAGACUCCAAAUCCACAGCACUCGUAAUGGUGUAGCGACCCGUAGGAUAAUUUUACAAGGUCGUGUGGAUGAUCGGCACCGAAUGAGCUAUCCUCGACGACUCCUUUACCCCUCUUUCUCAGUUGCUGCCGUAAGUUAACUUCACUUAGAUAUCUCUUCUUAACCCCUCUCACUACAAUUCCGAUUUGUCGCACACCGCAAAAUCCACACACUUCACAGAGACACCAUCAAUGGCAUUCAAUCGCUUUCGUCCGACAUCCCAUUUUAUUGCCCCUCACUCGUGGUCAAAUGAUCCGUGUGGUGCAGUAUACGUCCCCGAGACAGGAGAGUACCUCUUCUGCUACCAAUGGAAUCCGGGCACUACUGAGGGGGGAAACUGUGCGUGGGGAAUGGCACGUAGCAAGGAUCUAGUCACUUGGGAAGAUUGUCCACCAGCAAUCAGAAAUGGCAUCACUACGUCAUAUGACUCCCUUGGAGUCUUCUCUGGAUCUAUAGCCUCAAGACUGAUUCAAGACAAAAGAGUACUGUUUCUCUUUUAUACAAGCGUAUCAGCUGUACCGAUUCAUUGGUCCAUAGACUAUAUCGAAGGGUGUGAGUCUCAAUCAGUGGCAGUCUCAACGGAUUUUGGAAAUUCAUGGCAUCGAUACGAAAACAACCCUCUGCUGCGAGCACCCCCUAAACAGGCCGCGACGACUGGUUGGCGCGACCCGUUUGUCUCUCGUUGGAAGUCCCUCUCAAUCCUCCUCGGAAUAGACCCGUCAACCGAUUAUAUGAUGAUUGCAUCGGGUGAACGUGGUAGAUCCCAGCUUCAUCUCUACCAAUCUAAUGACCUACUCGACUGGAAACUAGUCUCUUCGAUUCUGGACGUCGAAGCAGGCUCUAGGAUCUCGCCAGUAGCAUACCUGAGAUUUGGCAUGAACUUCGAAUGUGCUAGCUUUUUCUCCAUCAAUCAAAGGGACUAUAUUAUUGUAGGCGUGGAGGAAGAUGUUACGAGCAAGCGUCACAACCAACGCUACACUCUUUGGCUUUGCGGUACUCUGGUUAUAGAGGCUGGAUGUCCUAAAUUUGAAAUCUCCAGUCAUGGGUUGUUGGAUCAUGGCGUUCUCUAUGCGCCUCACAUCUUCCGCGAUUCUGAGGAUCGUCUUCUCCAGCUCGGUUGGGCGGAUGAAACCGCCCAACCAUAUAUGGUGAGAAAGCAAGGUUGGGCCGGAUGUUUGACCCAACCAAGAGAAUUGUACGAGAUCUCGAGACCAGCCAUCGACGUGGUCAAGACCCAACAUAUUUGGAACCUAGAUGAACAGGGUGGAAACGUGACAACGCUUGGUAUCCGCCCAGCACCCCAACUCCGUGGCCUUCGAGAUGCAAAACAUUCCACAUCUUUAUCAAGCUUCAGAAAAUUUCAAGGCACAAAUUGCGACGUUGAGGCUACCUUCAAACACAUUCUUGGCAACGAAAAAUUUGCCUUCAACUUCCGAGAAGCCCCUGAUUCUGUCGAAGUGACGAAAGUUAUUUUCGACCUUGAGGAUGGUCAGAUUACAGUUGAUCGAAGCCGAUCUAGUGUACAGAACCUUGGUGCAAACUUUCCAGAUUCAGGCCAGUUCUGCCUAGUCUUAGGCGAGGACCUCAAAAUUAGGAUUUCGAUGGAUAACUCAAUCCUUGAAGUGUAUGCAAAUGAUCGAUUCGCAAUUACCUCAAGGGUUUAUCCAAGUCUAGAAAGCUCGGUGGGGGCCUCAUAUGAUUUCGGGGCCUUUUCUGAGAAGAACGUGGAAUUCAAAUUCUGGGAAGGGAUAAAAAAUGCAUGGCCUGGACGGGAUGCAAAUGAGAAUAGUUUAGAGUUGUUCUCGUUGGCGGAGGCGAAGGAUUUGAUGCCAAAUCUUGGAUCUAGCAAUUUUAUGAUACAAGCUGCUAUGCCUGCUUAAUUUAUACUAGAAUGAUUAGGUCUUGCUUCUAGCGAU